GUCUCCUUCUCACCCUGCCCGUCUGACCGGCACAUCACCGCGCUCACUGACUCACUGGCUGCUCCGCUCCGCUGCACCAGCCGCUUCUCCAUACAUACGGGAGCCGAACAGCAUGUGAAUGGCAGCAGAAGGCAGCAGAGUUGUCACAGAGGAGCAGGAGGAGGUCCCAGUCUCUGGACCCGUCACUCACACACCGACACACACACACCGACACGCACACACCCGCAGUCAGAGCCACAUUCAGUUUCACCCUCAAACGCACACCACCCAGAGGCAAGCUCCUCGCACUCUUGCUCACACACGGAGUCAUAGUCACACUCACUUUAACACUCACACACACACACAGGCGCAGAAACACGGCUGCCGGCUCACACACAGUCUCUCAGCCAUGACCAAGGGAGAGAAGGGAAUGCAGGGUUCGGCAGGCAAGCUGAUCAAGCCCCCUGAGCCGCUGUUCACCAAAACCCCUCACCAGACAGAUCUGAGCCAGAGACUGUCAAUAUGCAGCAAGCUGUGUUUUGCCAUCGGCGGAGCGCCCAAGGAGGUGGCCGCAAGUGCCACAGCCUUCUUCCUGCAAAUCUACCUGCUCGAUGUCGCACAGAUCAACCCCUUCCAGGCAUCCAUGGUGCUGUUCAUCGGUAAAGCCUGGGGUGCCGUGACGGACCCUGUCGUCGGCUUCUUCAUCACCAAGAGCAGAUGGACCAAGAUUGGCAGACUCAUGCCCUGGAUGGUGGGCUGCACUCCGUUUGUGGUGGUCUCCUACUUCUACCUCUGGUUUGUUCCUCCGUUCACCAACGGCAGGUUCAUGUGGUACCUAGGUUUCUACUGCCUCUACCAAACCCUUAUUACUUGCUUCCAUGUGCCUUAUUCUGCCCUCACCAUGUUCCUGAGCACAGACCAGAAGGAAAGAGACUCGGCCACUGCAUACCGUAUGACGAUGGAGGUGCUGGGCACACUGGUGGGUGCUGCCAUACAGGGCCAGAUUGUGGCCAGUGCUCACACGCUGAAGCACUGCCCCACUCACAAUAUGUCAGCCGGUUACCUUGGCAACAGUAGCGGGGCAGAGAUCGUCAAGAGCCUGGUGCAUUCCCAGGACUUCCUGUCGCAUGCUAAGGAGGUGUACAUGAUAGCUGCUGGCGUGAUCGGAGGAGUGUUCCUCAUUUGCACUGUGGUGAUGUUCCUGGGAGUCAAAGAGAGAGAUGAUCCAUACGGUCCGAAGACAGAGAAGCAGAUCCCUUUCCAUAAAGGCUUCAUCCUGGUCAUGAGACACGGGCCGUACCUCACUCUAACGGCUGCAUUCCUCUUCAUCACUGUUGCCAUCCAGCUGGUACAGAGCAACUUUGUCCUCUUCUGCACUUAUGCUGUGGACCUGAGGGAUCACUUUCAGAAUAUUGUGCUGACCAUCCUGAUCUCUGCAGUGGUAAGCAUCCCGCUGUGGCAGUGGUUCCUGGAGAAAUUUGGGAAGAAGACGGCGGCGUUCUGUGGCAUCACUUGGAUCAUGCCCUUCACGGUGAUGUUGGUUUUCAUCCCUAACGUGGUGGUGGCCUACGUUGUGGCUGUCUCCUCUGGCCUCAGUGUGGCUGCCUCACUCCUGCUGCCCUGGUCCAUGUUGCCAGAUGUGGUGGAUGACUUCAGGCUGGCUAACCCCUACUCUAAAGGUCAUGAGGCCAUCUUCUACUCAUUCUAUGUGUUUUUCACCAAGUUCGCCGCCGGCAUCUCCCUGGGAGUGUCCACCCUCUGUCUGGAAUUUGCAGGAUACGACACAGGCGCCUGCAAACAGCCACCUCCUGUUGCCUACACUCUGAAGCUCCUGAUUGGUGCAGCCCCGGUAGCCUUUAUUGUCACAGGGUUAAUGAUCCUACUCCUCUACCCAAUCAGCGAAGACAUACGGCUCAGGAAUAAAGUGUGCCUGGAGGAGCUACGGACACAAGGCAUCAGUUCCAGAACGAUGGAGGAUUUGAGUAAUGUCUGACCUGGACCUGGAAUGGAGUGACUUUGCAAAGCCACGUAUUCCAGUACUAAGCUGGAAUGUUCUCUAUUAGUGUAUAUUACACUGGGAAAUAGUAAACAAAUUUUGUUUAAUGUAAACAAUUCUGUUUCUUUGUUUUGACAUGAACAUGUAAUGUAUAGUCAUCUUAAGUAUAUACAUAUAUAGAGAGAUAUGAAAAUUAAUUUAUAUAAAUGAAUGUAUAUCAUUAUUUGCUGUGUUUAGCCCUACAGUACUAGUAUUUAUUUAUGGUAUCUGAUUACAACGGGUUGAUGAUAUGAACUGAAUAAAUGCUGUAGAGGCUGGCUGAUAAAAUGACUCAA